AAUGUUUCACGACAAAUGAUUAUUGUGCAGGCACAUAGAAGUUCUAUAAUUUUUAGUGAAAACUGUUAUUAAAAAUGUAAAUAAGUCAAUCUGCGUUUCAAAAUAGUUAUACUUAACUGAGUUAAUUCUCCAUAUUAAGAUACUUGUUUUUAACAUCUCUUAUUAAAAACAACAAUUUUUUUGCAUUUACUGACUUCAGUGGAGUGAAAAGUAAUAACGUGGCCAUAUGGUGUGUAUUUUAGUUUACUGGAAAAGUCUGCUUGUACAGGUGCGAAAGUACUUUGCAGGUCAGAAAGUACUUUGUGUGCGCAGUUGCGCAGGAAGACUGAAUAUAGGUAGCUCGUAAAAUGCAGUGGGUACUAUUUGGCGUGGUUUUUUGUGGAUUGUAUGGAGUUAAUGGAAAUAGAUAUGCCGAUGACCCAGCGGUACAACGAUUUCAAGAAUAUAUCCGUAUAAAUACAACUACUGGUGGUGAUCUGACCCCAGCCGUUGAAUUUUGGACUCGGUUGGCAGCAGAACAAGAUGUCCCUAUAAAUGUUUACGAAUACACAAAGGGCUAUCCAAUAAUUGUUCUAAAAUGGGCUGGACUAGAUUCUUCACUGAAUAGCAUUCAACUUAACUCUCACGUGGAUGUAGUACCCGCUGAUGAAAGUGAAGGAUGGACCUAUCCGCCAUUUGGAGGGGUUCUUACAGAAAACGGCAGGAUCUAUGGUCGUGGUACUCAAGACAUGAAGUCAGUUACCAUACAAUAUUACGAAGCUCUGAGUAGAAUUAAAGCUAACAAUAUUACUCUUUUGAGAGAUGUUUACAUGACGAUUAUGCCUGAUGAAGAAGUGGGCGGUGAAGACGGCAUGAUUCCAUUCCUACAAAGUGAAGAGUUCUCCGCAUUGAACGUAGGAUUAGAAUUAGAUGAAGGGGCACCUUCCCCCAUACCAAUUAUACCCCUCUUUUACCAAGAUAAGGUGGUGUGGCAAAUUAAAGUGGACUGCUACGGUGAAGCUGCACAUGGUUCAACUUUUCCUGCGACUAACUCUACCGCUACUGGAAAGUGUCGCAAUGUAAUCGAUGCGUUAUUGAAGUUCAGGGAGGAACAGUACAUAAUAUCGACAAGGGCAACAAUAUUCGAUGCUGGCGUAUAUACAUCGGUUAAUCUUAACAGAUUAAACGGUGGUACAGCAAACAAUAUCAUCCCAAGCGUUGUUAGUCUCACGUUUGAUAUUCGUCUGGGAACUCGAGUGAAUGAAGAUGCAUUCCAAGCACAAUUGGAACAAUGGAUAGCUGAAGCUGGAGAAAAUAUUACGUUGACCUACAUAUCAAAGAAUCCGCAGAGUCCCGCCACUGUCGUGUCUUUGUCUAACCCAUAUUGGCGGGCAAUCAACCAAGCAGCAAGAUCAUUGAAAGUGCCAAUAAUACCAAUUGUGCCACCGGGGUCGACAGACGCGCGACACGUUCGAUUGGCCGGCGUGCCCGCAUUUGGCAUCUCACCGAUGGCAAAUACACCACUGCUAUUACACGCCGUUGACGAAUAUCUCCCGGCCAGCACCUUCCUCAAGGGCAUCAAUAUAUAUGAACAAAUCAUCACGAAACUCGCAAACAUACCAAGCAGUGACACUUCCCCAGAUCCUAGUGUGUAUAUUGUUAAAACUGCUCUGUAAUUUUAUUGGACUGAACUGAACUGAACUUACUAUUAAAUAUAUACAAUUGUUAA